AUAUCAAAAAGAAUAGCUCUUCAAAAUAAUCACUAUCGAUUGGAGGAGCUUGAACUACGAACUGGUUUGACCUUUGGCAAACUAGGACUUUUAUCAGUCUAUAGGCCUAAGAGAGUUUUGAGGUUUUUACCUGUUCUCGCUAUUGCAAAUCAUACAGAAUGGGAUACCACGGAUUCGGUGUCGAGUCUGACUGGAAGCUAUUCACUGCGUUCCUAUUUAUCGCCCUCAUCAGAAGCCGUUAAGAAAAUGGAACCGAUUCCACUUCAUGCAGACACCGAGAAUGUCGGUACUGUAAUCCGACUACCUCCGAACAUCACAACCAAAGAUCCUCCGACCUCGGAUUCAACUACGAAAAUAAUGCCCGAGUCAUAUUCGCGCACACUUUGCACGAAGCAGCACUGUAACUGCCAUCAUUUGCUUGGAUUAGUUACGUGUAAUGCUCAGGAAGCAAGCGAAAUAAAAUCGCCGGGAGAAACUGGAGACGUGAAACCCAAAAGCAGCGAAAGCGACAGAACCGAAAGCGAAGAGAUCCCACAGGCAUGCACAGAACUGCUGGCCACGUUUCUGGAAUUAAACUGA